CUGUAAUUUGAUAUUCGCAGUCUGAAUGGAGCUAACUGCACCACCUCAGUGUCUUCUUCCAAAAUGCCCUGCAUCUCUGCGUCUGCAAUCUAGGGUUUGCAAUUUUCAGAGAACACCAAACCUAACAUGCCCACCUUCCAAAGCUUCAAUCUUUUCACUCAAACCCCACAAUCUCACCUCAAUGAAUCCUCCCAGACCCAUCUCCACCGCUGCUUUGGUGGGUAACAACAGUUCUGCCACAACAGCUUUGCCAGUUGACUCAGGUGCUAGGAUUGGAGAGGUGAAAAGGGUCACCAAUGAGACCAAUGUGUCAGUGAAAAUUAACUUGGAUGGGUCUGGAGUUGCUGAUAGUAGCACUGGAAUUCCCUUCCUUGAUCAUAUGCUUGAUCAACUUGCUUCACAUGGACUGUUUGAUGUACAUGUAAAGGCUACUGGUGAUAUACAUAUUGAUGAUCAUCACACAAAUGAAGAUGUCGCUCUUGCUAUUGGAACGGCUUUGUUGCAAGCUCUUGGUGAUAGGAAAGGUAUUAACCGGUUUGGUAACUUCUCAGCUCCACUCGAUGAAGCUUUGAUACACGUUUCACUGGAUUUGUCUGGCCGACCACAUCUAAGUUAUGAUUUGGACAUACCGACUCAGAGGGUUGGGACAUAUGACACUCAGUUGGUGGAGCAUUUCUUUCAGUCAAUAGUGAAUACAUCUGGCAUGACACUUCAUAUCCGGCAGCUCGCUGGAAAAAAUUCCCAUCAUAUUAUUGAGGCAACCUUCAAAGCUUUUGCUAGGGCUCUUCGACAAGCAACAGAGCAUGAUCCACGUCGCCGUGGAACAGUACCAAGUUCAAAAGGGGUUCUGUCACGUAGUUAAUAUCUUCAGCCGAUAUGCAUGAUUGGAGCUAAUAAUAUGAGCGAACCUCCACAGUUCUUAAAUUAUAUGCCUCCAAAAUGACCCUGAUAAAUGCCAGUAUUUGUCAUAAAGUUACUGGGCUCUAGUAUUGUUGUGCAUUUACUCUGGAAGUAAAUUAUUUUCCUGGUGAUUUUAUACGUACAUUUAUUUUUGUAAAAAUUUAGUGGGAUUUACUUUGUUUUGUUGACAAUGAUUAGUCAUGUCUCAGAAUUAUUAUAGAUUAAUAAAAGGUUCAAUUGCCCGUAAAAAAAAA